CAACGGCCCAAAUACUUCGGCCCACUUUCAUUAUGAUAAAUGCAGCCGCUUAGCUACAUAAAAACUCUAACCCUAGUUCUCAUUCUCUCUUUUCUGCGGCGUUCAAGGGUUUGAAUCAGUGAGUUUAGGUUAAGAUGAGCAGAGGAAGCGGAGCGGCCACUGGGGCCAAAGGAAAGAAGAAAGGAGCAACAUUCACCAUCGACUGUGCUAAGCCAGUGGAGGAUAAGAUCAUGGACAUCGCCUCACUAGAAAAAUUCCUCCAAGAGCGUAUCAAAGUUGGCGGCAAAGCUGGCGCUCUUGGUGACUCCGUUACCGUCACACGUGAGAAGACUAAGAUCACUGUCACCUCAGACUCCAACUUCUCGAAAAGGUACCUUAAGUACUUGACAAAGAAGUAUCUGAAGAAGCACAACGUGCGAGACUGGCUUCGGGUAAUUGCUUCCAACAAGGACCGUAAUGUUUAUGAACUCAGAUACUUCAACAUUGCUGAAAAUGAGGGUGAGGAGGGAGAUUAAGUUGCUGGGUCUAGUGGUUUGUGUGUUUUUUUUUUUAUUUUUGUAAUAGUAGAAUUCUUGUGAUGAGACACUGGCGACUUUAGGAUUGAAUUUCUGCUUUUUGGAAGUUGAAUAUAUGACAUUUUUGCAUUGCUAAAUCACACUAAAGUUCAGUCUUUUGUUGUGGAA